AUGCCCGUCGUGACCUACUGGUACCAGGCCCUCAAGGAAGCCCUCGCCGCCGCCGGCGCAGGCGACCCCCGCCGUCCGCACGCGCUCGCCGUAGUCUCUGGCCUCGCUGCCAACGGCUACCUCGCGUCCCUCCUCGUCUCCCGCUACUCCCGCCUUGGCGACCCCGAUGCCGCGCGCGGGGUGUUCGACGCCGCCUCCGCGUCCUCCUCCGCGCCCCUCUGGCCGCCCAAGCCGCUCCUUUACAACGCGAUGCUCCGUGGAUACCUCGCCCUGAGCCUCCCGCGCGAGGCCGCCGUGGUCUUCCGCGACAUACCGCCCCACUGCGCGCCCGACCGCCACACGUACCACCUCGCCGCCACGGCGUGCGCGCGCGCCUCUCCAGAGGAUGUAAACCUUGGACGCCGCGUCGGGCGCGACGCCGAGGCAAGAGGGUUAUCGUCCGACCUCCUGGUCGCGACGGCGCUGAUUGGGAUGCACGCCGAGGCCGGGGACAUGGGUGCCGCGCGCAGGGUGUUCGACGGAAUGCUGAGGCGGGAUGCCGUGGCGUGGAACGCGGUGAUCGGUGGGUACACCUGCGCGCACUGGCGGAGCUUGGCCCAAAACUCAGCAGGGGCCAAAAUCAGCAUGGGCCGAAGAUUGGGCCGUCAGCAGGGGCCACCAGCAGGGCCAAAUUCUGGGUUGCAUCCAUUUCAAUGGUGAAUUGAGGGUUUUUUAUUGGACCAGGGGGGCCACGCCCGGCCUGGCCUCAAUGAAGCUCCGCCCCUGCCUUCGCGGGUUGCCUGGGCGAGGCCAUGGAGAUGUUCAACUGGAUGAGCUCUGCGGACGGGGUGCAGCCGACCGAGGCGACGAUUGUGAGCUUGGUAUCUGGUUAUGCAGGUUUCGGUUCUUGGAAGGGCCGUGGUAUGAUGCAUGCCAUAGUGGUUAAGUGCGGUUUCCACCGCAUCUAACAGCAUCCUCUUCGUUUGCAAUACUCUUCUGGAGCUGUAUGCUGAGCUUGGCUGUUUGAGCGAGGCUGUGAUGUUGUUUCAUCAUAUGGUGGUGAAGGAUUCUGUCACUUUGAGUUCGAUGAUCAGUGGGCUUGUUCGGAAUGGGAAACCGGGUUAUGCUCUUAAGCUUUUCCACCGGAUGGUUUCGAAUUCGUCAGUGCUUGUCACUAGGUCUAUCUUGCUUAAUGUGAUUAUGGCCUGCGCUGAGUUGGGGGACUGGAGACAAGGAAAAUGGGUUGAAAAAAACCAUGUGCUGCGCAAUGGCAGUGAAUUCAAAAGAGAUCCCUCUGUAGUAACCGUGCUGAUAUAUAUGUACGUGAAGUGUGGAAAGUUAACGUCAGUGAAUCUUCUACAUGGAGUUGCAGAGGUUAGAGGUGAUGUAGUUGCAUGGAAUGCUAUGAUCAAAGGCUGUGGAGAGCUGGGACAAGUGGAAAAAGCAAUUGGAUUUGCAGUAGAAAUGCAGAGGGUAGGCAUUGAUCCGGAUGCGGUUACAUUCUUGGAGCUCCUACCCAUGAUCUCAUUGAUUCCAUCACUGAAAAAGGGGAUGGAAGCAUAUGCUCAGAUUGUCAAAAGAGGUUUCCAGAAUAAUCAGACAAUUGCUAAUUCGCUUAUUUGUAUGUAUGGUCGAUGCGGGAGUCUUGGUCUUUCAGUUGAUGUAUUUAGUGGGAUUAUAGACAAGGAUGCAAUCUCUUGGACUUCUAUGAUGCAGGUAUAUGCAUGGAAUGGGCUUGCUGCUGAAGUUGUUAAGCUUUUUGAGCUGAUGAAGAAAACAGCAGUACAACCAAACCAAUAUACUUUCAUUGCUGUGUUGUCGGCUUGUAAAAACACGGGUCUUGUUGAGGAUGGAAUGAGCUUGCUCAAGUGCAUGAAAGAGCAGUAUGGUCUGGAGCCAGAUAUUGAGCAUAUUUCAUGUGUUGUUGAUAUGCUCUGUCGUACUGGACGCUUGACUGAUGCAUAUCACCUGAUACAGAAUUCUCACUCUGAACACGCAAAAAAUCCUGUAUUGUGGGGGACAUUGCUAAGUGGUUCCUGAUCAUGGGAGGACUUAGUGAUUGGAGAAGCAGCAGCUAGCCAUCUCUUGUCCUUGGAUCCGGAAAAUAGAGCUAACUACAAGAUGCUUGCUGAUAUUUAAGUUUCGCUUGGGAGAAGAGACGAUGCCAAUGUUAUCCGAAGACUGUUGAUGUCAAAAGGACUGGACAUGAGACCGGGCUGCAGCUGGGCUGAAGGUGGCUAAAGCUUGCAGUACAUGCUAGAAGAUAUGAUUUAAGUAUGAUAUAACCGUGACUAACAUUUGAUGUUCUGUUGCAAUUGCUUGUAUUGCAUAAAUAUGUUAAUACUAAAGUAGCUUAAAGCAUUGAAUACAGAUAGACAUGUGUUGGGUGUCAAUAUCAAAAUGAAUUGUGAGGAAAAGAAGGUA